UCGGUCUCUCUCUCUCUCCAUUCUCUAGAGCUCUAAUUUUAUCUGUGACCACAAGGUUUGAGGCGAACUGGCAAUGGCGCUGCCUGCAAUAAUGCGACGUGCCAUAGUUAAUGGUACUUUAUAUUCAGCAGCUGCAUUGCGAUUUGCUUCCACACAACCUGAGAAAAAAGUGUUCUUUGAUGUCACAGCUGAUGGUGAAUCUCUGGGUCGAGUAGUUAUGAAACUUCACUCUGAUGUUGUACCAAAAACGGCAGAAAACUUCAGGGCUUUAUGUACGGGGGAGAAAGGAUUUGGUUACAAGGGGUCCUCUUUUCACAGAAUAAUUCCUGAUUUUAUGUGUCAAGGCGGUGACUUUACUAAUCAUAAUGGUACAGGUGGAAAAUCAAUUUAUGGACGUACAUUCCAGGAUGAGAAUUUCAAACUUAAGCACACUGGGCCAGGAAUAUUGUCAAUGGCUAAUGCAGGUCCCAAUACAAAUGGUUCACAGUUUUUUAUUACUACUACUACCACUCCAUGGUUGGAUAAAAAACAUGUAGUCUUUGGUGAAGUUGUAGAAGGUUUAGAUGUGGUAAAAAAAAUGGAAAAUUUAGGGACCAGAAGUGGGAAAACAUUAAAGAAAGUAGUAAUAGCAGAGUGUGGGGAGUUGUAAUUUUAGGAAGUAUUCAAAUAUUUUAAGUGGUAACAGUACAUAGUCUAAAUAGGUAGUCUUUGUAUAUUAAGUAUAAGAAUUGUUUCAAUGUAGUUGCUGUGAAAUAGAAUGGUAUUGAAAUAUUUCUGGCAUUAUUAUUUUAAUCAUAUCAUAAAGUAUAUAUGUACCUAUUCAUUUUCUCAUGAAUAAUUGGAU